AUGUGCGGGGACACAGCCAUCUCUAUCUGGGUCACACUGAUAGGUGAAUGUAAACAGCAUCGUAUCCUGACACUUUCCAUGUUUGGGGUGUUGACCUGUGCUGGGAUCUACCAGGACCAUUGGAUCUACUCUGGACCAAUAGGAUCAGCAGUAUUCAUAAUCACUGUCAGGGUUUUACAGAAAAUGAAAGAGAUAAAGGACCUCUACCAUAGACGUGUAUAUACCCAACUGGUGGGACCAGGAUGCUGCUUCGGUGCCCUGACUCUGAUGCUCCGGAUCUGAUUUUUACACGAGUGGGAAUAUGCCUAUGUCCACAGUUUCUAUCACCUGUCUAUGGCUGUGUCCUUCGUGUUGCUACUACCCAAGAUGAACCGCUAUGCAGGGACAGAUGACCCUGCCAAGCUCAGCUGCUACAUCCUUUUUACCUCAACAAUGCACAUGGUUUCACCACCCUUUUCUGCUUCUACGAAGGAGAAGGACAAGAAGACCCCGUCUCUAACCAUUUGGACCAUUCCCACUGAACGGCCUUGGACACGGGCCUGCAGCUCACCAACUCUCUCUCUGUACAACCCACCUAGUACACUCGUUAAGAAAGGACUGGACUUCAGCAGCACUAAACCUGUUCACAAAGGACUGAACAUCAGCAUGCUCAAAGAACAGAAUGGCUGGAAGUGA